UACUUUAAUGACCUCACAUCCUGUUUUCCCACUUCCACCCCAAUAAUCGCGAAUGAACCAGUUUCGGACGGUCGGUACCCCGCAUGGAAUACUGCACAGCACAUUGUCAAUAUUGCACACGCGCCCUUUCUGUGGACACUUCCCAGGUCACAGAAGUUGAAGAUAUUUGUGAGUGCGCGGUGAAAUUCGGAAUCCGUAUUUCUUCAUCAAUAUGGGUGAUUUCUGACAUCAAGGAGCCAGAGGGUUCUUUUGGGCCUUUGAACGCUUCUGACAGAAUGGAGAGGAAAGACGUGAAAAUCAUCAAUCAGGGCCUGGAGGAUGAGAUGGAGGUGUGGGGCUACAGGCGUUGUCCCUGGAAGAUGGUCCUGGUGGGCGUGGGAACGGUGUGUACCGGUGGGCUGCUGCUCCUGCUGCUCUACUGGCUGCCCGAGUGGGGUGUGAAAGGGACGUGCUCUCGCAGCGCCACCAUCACGGAGGCCCAGAUACUGCUGCUACGAUCUACGGACGAGUUCAGAAGAUGGUUCCGGGUCAAGCUGCGUGUGAUGCUAGCCCCGGGGGAGGGGCCGUUUGACCCCGUAACUCCACACGUGCCUGGUGGAGACGGCCAGGGCACACAGGCCUUGGGUGCUUUUCAGGACGAGCCGCAGGAGAAAUGCGUCCACCUCCAGCCUGCCCAGAUUCUAUACUUCAGCCACCACAGCACAAAAUACUACUGGAAUGAGCUGCUACAGAAUUUUGAAGUGUUUAAAGGCUUGGAGGAUAUCAGGGUGACUUGUUCCAGUAUCCACACUGACCACAGCUCCGGCCUUAGCAGAAUGCUACAGGACUACAGGAGGGUGUUCUUCGAUGAGAACGAGAUUGCAGUGAGGGUGCCUUCUGUGUUCAAGCUGCUAAUUAAAGAGGUCCUGAAUCCAUUCUACAUAUUCCAGCUCUUCAGCGUGAUCCUCUGGACUACUGAACAGUAUUACUACUACGCCGCCACCAUAGUCCUCAUGUCCAUCGUAUCCAUAGUUACCUCACUGUACACCAUCAAGAAGCAAUAUGUCAUGCUUCAUGACAUGGUGGCGACGCACAGUGUCAUCCGCGUGUCCGUGUGCAGGGGAAAUAAAGGAAGCUCUCCCAGUGACGUCGAGGAGGCCAUGUCCACAGAGCUGGUCCCUGGGGAUGUCAUCGUCAUCCCGGCCAACGGGAUAAUCAUGCCCUGUGAUGCCGCGCUGAUUCAGGGAACCUGCAUUGUGAACGAGAGCAUGCUGACAGGCGAGAGUGUGCCAGUCACCAAAACCAGCCUCCCCAGCUCAGGAGAGGAGGGGGCUGCCUGCUACAGCACAGAAGAACACAAGAGAUACACGCUGUUCUGUGGCACGCACGUUAUCCAGACCCGGUUCUACACAGGGGAGCUGGUCAAAGCCGUGGUCGUUCGGACUGGCUUCAGCACAGAGAAGGGCCAGCUGGUGCGUUCCAUCCUGCACCCCAAGCCCACUGACUUCAAGCUGUACAGAGACGCCUCUCGCUUCCUGCUCUGUCUUGUGGGCGUGGCCGGCAUCGGCUUUGUCUACACCAUUGUUCACAGCGUCCUGAACGAGGUUCCGGUCAAAACCAUAGUGACUAAGUCUCUGGACAUCAUCACCAUCACGGUGCCCCCGGCCCUGCCUGCAGCCAUGACGGCAGGCAUCGUUUACGCCCAGCGACGGCUGAAAAACGUUGGCAUCUUCUGCAUCAGCCCCCAGAGAAUCAACAUAUGUGGUCAGCUCAACCUGGUCUGCUUCGACAAGACCGGCACUCUGACUGAAGAUGGUUUGGACCUUUGGGGGAUCCAGAGAGCUGAAAAGGGCAGUUUCUCUGCCCCAGAGGGAGACCCGGGUGACGAGACCCUGGUCAAGUCCUCAUUUGUGUCCUGCAUGGCCACCUGUCACUCUCUGACCAAGAUAGAGGGAGAACUUUCUGGAGACCCACUGGACCUCAAGAUGUUCAACGCCACAGGCUGGAUUCUGGAGGAGGCCACGGAGGAGGAGACAGCCCUCCACAAUCCCAUCAUGCCCACAGUGGUCCGACCUCCCAAACAGGUGCUCCCCGAGGUUAACCAGGAAGUCAGUCUGGCAGAGAACAUGGAGCUGUCUGAACUGAUGUUGUCCUAUGAGAUCGGGAUAGUUCGCCAGUUCCCGUUCUCAUCCGCUCUACAGCGGAUGAGUGUGGUGGUCCGGAAGCUGGGCGAGAAGCACAUGGACGCCUACCUCAAGGGGGCGCCAGAGGUUGUGGUCAGUCUAUGCCGACCGGAAACAGUACCAGAGAGCUUCACGGAGACACUGGAGUCCUACACUAGGCAGGGUUUCAGAGUCAUAGCCCUGGCACAUCGCCACCUGGAGGCCAAACUGUCCUGGCACAAAAUCCAGAACCUCAACAGGGAUCUCAUCGAGACUAAUAUGGAGUUCCUUGGGCUCAUAAUCAUGCAGAACAAGCUGAAAGACGAGACCGCCGGGGUUUUAGAAGACCUGCGACGUGCCAACAUUCGCACCGUGAUGGUUACAGGUGAUAACAUGUUGACAGCCAUAUCAGUAGCCAGAGACUGCGGGAUGAUAACCCCUAAUGAGAGGGUCAUCAUAGCAGACGCCACGCCUCCCAAAGAUGUCCAGCCUGCAAGGAUCAACUGGCAAUACAUAGAGAACAAUGUCCCCAAGAAACAGGACAGCGCCGAGUCAGUGGAGAUCGACCUUGAGGAUGUGUCUCAUGUGGUCUGUGGGCCGCCACGGGAAAAGCACUACCACUUUGCCAUGACUGGCAAGUCCUUCGCCGUCAUCACCGAACACUUCCCUGAUCUGGUUCAGAAGCUGGCACUGCGCUCCACCAUAUUUGCCCGCAUGGCUCCUGACCAGAAGACUCAGCUAGUGGAGAUCCUGCAGGGAGUGGACUAUACUGUUGGGAUGUGUGGUGAUGGUGCCAAUGACUGUGGCGCCCUGAAGAGAGCUCACAGUGGGAUCUCCCUGUCGGAGCUGGAGGCUUCCGUCGCCUCGCCCUUCACCUCCUCCAUCUCCAACAUCUCCUGUGUCCCUAACCUCAUCAGGGAGGGCAGAGCUGCCCUCAUCACCUCCUUCUGUGUCUUCAAGUUCAUGGCCCUGUAUAGCAUCAUCCAAUACCUCAGCGUCACACUCCUCUACUCCAUCCUGAGCAAUCUGGGAGACUUCCAGUUCCUCUUUAUCGACUUAGCGAUCAUUCUGGUCAUUGUCUUCACAAUGAGUCUGAACCCGGCCUGGAAGGUUCUGGUGGCGCAAGCCCCCCCGUCCAGUCUCAUCUCAGGCCCUCUGCUGUUUUCCGUGCUGACUCAGAUGCUCACCUGCCUGACCUUUCAAGUCGUGGCCUUCCUCUGGGUCAAGAACCAGAGCUGGUACGAGAAAUGGACACCACAGUCGGAUGCGUGCAAUAUUUCCAGUUCCAGCUUCACCCAUGGCCUCAAUGUGACUUCAAACGUCAGCCAUAAGAACAUCAGGAACUACGAGAACACCACUCUGUUCUAUGUCUCCUCCUUCCAGUAUCUGGCUGUGGCCAUCAUCUUCUCCAAGGGAAAGCCUUUUAGACAGCCCAGCUAUAAAAACUGGCCGUUCAUGCUGUCCUGUGUCACCCUGUACAUUUUCCUCUUCGUGAUCAUGCUGUAUCCUGUCCCUGCCAUUGACAACUUCCUGGAGAUUGUGUGUGUCCCCCACGAAUGGCGCAUAACAGUGGUCAUCAUUGUUCUGAUGAAUGCGGCUGUUUCUUUCUUAUUGGAGACUUUCAUCCUUGACACCAUCUUAUGGAGGCUGGUGUUCAGUCAGGACAGGCCUGCCGGGAGUGAUGGCAUGGCCAUCGGCUCUGUGACUCACACAAAUGAGUCCACGAUCGAGUGCUGCAAUUCGCCAUUCCUAUCCUGGUUGUUCUGUAGCAAGUGGAGGACCCCCAGAGUGCGCUACAUGCAAGUUGCCCAAGAGCUGCUGAAGGACCCAGACUGGCCCCCCAAACCCGCUAGCCUCACCUACACUACCAGCAGCCGCCACACCUAGCCAUACCACAGCACCUGUUGCACAUAUAGUACUACCUAGUCUAGAACCUUCCAUUACUUGGACCACUGAUCAAUACCCAGUCUAGAACCAUCCAUUCCCUGGACCACUGGUCAGUACCCAGUCUAGAACCUUCCAUUCCCUGGACCACUGAUCAAUACCCAGUCUAGAACCUGCCAUUCCCUGGACCACUGGUCAGUACCCAGUCUAGAACCUUCCAUUCCCUCGACCACUGAUCAGUACCCAGUCUAGAACCGUCCAUUCCUUGGACAACUGAUCAGUACCCAUUUUGAACCUUCUGUUCCCCGGACCACUGAUCAGUCCUCAGUUAUAGAACCUUUCUUUCCAUGGGUCACUGAUCAGUACCCAGUCAGAACCUUCCAUUCCCUAGGCCACUGAUCGGUAUCCAGUGUAGAACCUUCAGUUGCCUGGACCACUGAUCAGUACCCAGUCAGACCUUUCUGUUCCCUUGAGCACUGAUCAGUACCCAGUCUAGAACCUCCCAUUUGCUGGAGUAAUAAACAGUGCCCAGUCUAGAAGUCCCUAGUGUAGAAUAUUUUAUUCCCUGUACCACUUACUUCUUUAUAUCCAAAAGCAGUUGUAGAACCUACCUUUGGCCCAAACUUGUACCCAUAUUGCAACAGUACAUUCUAUGCACGCCCUCUGAAUCUCCAGCUGAACUGACUACCCUUGGCAGGAUUUUAUACCUUAUAAUUUACCCCAACAAUGUGACUACUGACAAGUCCCCAGUAUUGCGCAGUCUAUCUGAGCCAUAGAAUAACACCUUUACUCAAUGAACAAUAGAGAGCACUCGCCUUGUACUCAACACUGGUUGAUUUAUUCACCUUUACAGAGACUAAGACGUACAGAAUCGCCUACUAACAUCUUCUCACCUAUCUUGAUUGCUGCUCCAACGAAAUGUCAAGAGUGAUAGAGAACAUGUGUGAACAGGGCCUUUCUGAAGGGAAAUUGAGUGAUGAAUGUAUGGAUUGACACACCUGAAUUAUGCAUUGCAAAGGGCCAUGUGUGUAUGUCUUUUAAUCGUGAUUGGUACUACUGAAUAUGCCAAGAUUGAAAAACAUUUCUAUGCUAAUAUUUUAAGCGCUUCUUGAAUAACAUUUUUAUGUUUCUCCUGAGAAUUUGCAACGCUUUUCAAUUGUAAUUCUUCCUGUGGAAGAGCAAAAUAGGUUGGUGUCUGAGUGUCUCUUCUCAAGCCUGAACACUGAAAACUCAAUAUCAUUCUACUUUAUAGAAACAGUCUAAAAAUUAUGUCAACAAACGGAUGAUCUUUGAUGUCAUGCCAUACCUUUUUGUAACAUUCCUAAACUAUUGCACCUGACGCUAAAUGCUGCUUUUAUCAAAGGGAAUCAUUCAAACAAAUAUCACUUUUUAUUGUAUUUUUUUACUCAGUGAGAGCAAUAACUAACAUAUUGCAUAUUUCCCCAUAUUUUUGAUAUAGAAUAUUUUCUAUGUUUUAUUUGGGUCAAGGUAGUUUUUUUUUCGGAAAACGCUAAAGUAUGCAUUUGUUAGCAGUGAAUAGUUUUAACAAAGAAAUUGUGUGAAUUGGGGUCUCCCCUUGUCCAUAGACAUCUUUCAUGACAAGGAAACACAUGUAAACCUCUGAUUCGAUGAUCACAUUAUUCCUUGGUAUUAAAACAUAAUUCAGGGAAACAUUUAGCGGGGGAUGGGAAUUGUUCAUGAAAAUUCACAUUCGGGGUGGUUGGAGUGCCACGGGGAUUCACUAUAAUUUAAAUGACACAGUCGAACCAUUAGGGGCCAGAACAUUUACCCAAACAUUUUAAUAUGUCACUUUUGAAACUGUCAAAAUUAAGACCCGACUUGAUGUUUCAAUAUAUGUAAUCCUAAACAUUGUUUUUUGCAAGAAAAGGAUGUAUUAUUUUGUGAAAGCUAUUUGAUGUCUCACUGUUAGUCGAAGCCAGAAAGAAACAUAAUUGUAAUUUCCCAAACUGUAACAAUUGUUAACUUUUAAUUCCUUUUUUGUGAUUGUAAUGCAACUCACAUGAAAUAGAUAUUUGGCAAAAAUGUCUUUAAUAAUAAUAAUCUUAUCUAUGUUUGCUGUGUGGAGAUGAUUUCAUCAAUAAAUGUCUUAUCCGAUUCUGUAGAUUUAACCACUCUGUUUCACCAUAAACCCGGACAUUAACGACACUCCUAUGGGCUUCGUGGGGGGGCUCACCCCGCUCACACGUUUUUCACUUGCGUCUUACUGAUCAAUUAUGGGCUUCGCCAGCCUCCUCGCGGCCUGGCAUAUGGGUGCUUUACAGCCCCGAGAGUGGAAGUGAAAGAGGGCUAUCAUUUCAUGUGGAGAUCAGGGCCCACAACAGUGAAUGGGUGGAUUUAGAGUUUAGAGGGGAACCCUGAAUAAGAAGAGGGGCGCAGUGCCACUGAAAGGAAUGGAAUCUCCCGGAGAUCAGGGCAAGAAGAGGCAGCUGACGAAUAUUCAUGACGACGAGGAUGAGGAGUGGUGGUGAAUGGAUGCGUGUCCAGUGGUCGAUCAUCUCUUUCGUCAACAGCGGGGGGGUGUUGAAAUCAGGAUCUCUUGGUUUAGGGGCGAUGUUUGCGGUGCAGUUACUUUGCCCGUGAGGGAUUAAAUGUUUGGUGUAAGUCUUUCCUGCACUCAUUUGUUUACACCAAGUAGCACAUGGACAUGGAUAAGAAAGACUUACACUCGGGAACGCACUGUAUUUCUCGUGGUCCGCGGCCAUUUUUCGGGGCUUGUGGAAUGUCCUGCCUGGCGUUUGACUGACCAGUGCCAUAGCCCCACAGCCUCUCACCACUUUAUAAUCAAUUGAUCUCUCUAUAAGACUGUAUUGGAGCCGAUAAUGGCUAAGUUGCUUCUUGUUUCGUCCACUGGCACUCACUGACUGUCUCCUCAUAGUGUGGCAUGGCUUCGUCUUAGUGGGGAACCUGUAAAACCCACAGAAAUAGAAUAACUCCCUCAUCAAGGAGUGAUGUCUCACAACUCUAAAAAGCACCCCCCCCCCCAAAGGGCUGCCAGCAAACGGUGGAGUAGAAAAAGGAAAAAGGGCCAGUAUGCAGGACCUGACUUGUAAUUACGGUUGUCUGAUACGGCCAGGUCUCUGAUUAGACGGUGAACCUCCAUUGUACCGGCAACACAAAGACGGCCAUGUCUGGCCGAGGGCCUGUGACGCUCUGUGGCCUCGCGGACGCACACAAAGCCGGCUCUCCUCCCUCCCGUCCCUUUAGCGAGGCUCCUUCCUCUGCCCAUUAUGGCCAUCUCUGGCCCCUCUGUCAUUUGGGGGGCGAUACGGGACUGAAUGGGCUCCGCAGUCGCUAAAUAAAUUCCCAGAUUCAGGGGGUGGACAGUUGCCGCCGUGUUAGCGUUUGUUCGCAGCCUUGUCGAAGGGACAGGCCCCGCCCCUGGCCCCUUUGUCCUCACUGGUCCCUCGGCAGGUUACAAGUCAAUGGAGGGCCUUGUGUUUCCCGGCGGAGGGCUGGGACGGGGACGCCUCUCACAUGCCGUUCACAUAGGGGGGGAGGACAGGCUGGUAUCUCUGACACUUGUUAGUGUGUGGCCACACAGUGCUGUAGGAGCCCCCCCACGCCCCCACAGUAAAGGGUUGGACUGAUGGAGGGUAAGCAGAUCUUCACUUAGGGGCCAGAGUGAGUUGGAUGGCAGUAUGUUCUAUUCUCAAUUUACACUUCCUACUCGCAGUGGUUUUCAAUGGAUGACCAAAUGGGUUAGGGUGAACCCACAGCAAACGGUGUGGAUUGGCAGAGUGGGCGGAAUAUGGGAUGGCACCUUAGUGAUGCCAAGUUAGGAACACUGCAACUGACACGGCAUCUGGUAGCAGGUGUAACAUGUUGUUAAUGGACGCUGCUAUCCUGGUUUGUCUGUCUAAUCUGGACCCAGCUGUAAGAGUCACUGCGUUAGUGGUCUAAGAUGUGAGAAUGAGUCCACAUUUCAUCAUGCCGAAGACUGUGCAUCAGAGAUGUUUAACAGAGGUCUUGCUUUAUGUAAAAUCUGGUCAGAAUUAAGGGCGGGAAAAAAAUAAUAUACAGUGGAAUUAAUAUGAAAUCACCUAAAACUGUUUGAAACAGUUUAGAAAAUAUAGUUUGCCUAGAUGAAUAGUUCCUUGAUUAUCCUGAUCACUAAUAAUGAGGACUAUUUUAUGCAAAUGUUGAUGGUGGGUAAUAUAAUGCAUUUUUAGUGGGCUCAUCUAGACUACAUUGAUUUUACUUACAAUGUCAUCAGCUCUUCAUCUAAGUAGUAAUAGAAAAGUUUCUUUGUUGAAAAACCUUUGUGAACCUAUGGUUUAAUCAGUUACAUAAGUGCUUUGAAGUAGUCAAAGGUUUAGUGUUUGGUUCCAUAUUCUUUGCAUGAUGAGCUGUUAGCAUGUCCUGAUGUAGCUUCUGUAACAUUCUUACUCAUCAUUGAUGAUUUAUUCAUGUUUUUUCUUAGUCAAAUUGUGCACAUUUAUUUAGAAGUGCAUCCAAGAGUAUGUAGAGUUACAAGCUUGAUGUUGUCAUAUGUUGAGAUGUAUCUGAACACUUUUAAAUUAUACUAUGCCUGUAACAUGCGAUCAAAUGUGAAACUUUUGACUACUUUAAUACCCUACAAAGCUCAUUAAAGAAAUUAAAACGGUU